AUUGCGAGCGACCCGGCGUCGUUUCUUAAGCGUGGAGAAGUAUUUGCAAACUUUCAGAGGCUCCUGGGCUCAAGUGUCUCCCCGCGGCGUCGUUACAAUGAAUGUGAAUAGAUGCUCCUUUGGUCAAUGGGACAGUCAAAGCACACCGCUCUAGAUAAUGGGGACGUCAUCCUAACAAGACCGUUAUGAAUAGAGGGGCUCCUUUUGUUUGGCCCCUCUCGAGCAGCGCUAUAAAUACGGAGCCCUGUGAUGCGACGCCACAGAAGCAAGAGGUGCGAGAUCAAACCAGGAGACACGGCCUCGGUCUGCGGAGAGAGACAGAGAGAGGGAGCGAGAGAGAGGCUCCGGUGGGAUAAAUCAGGUGAUCAAGCAGGAGUGACUUGAAAUAAAAACAAGGCAAGAGCGAGAGACAACCUCCUACCCGAGCGCAGCCAUAAAAUGAAUUCGGACUCCAGCUCCAGCAGAGCUUCCUCUCCAGACAUGGAUGGGAUGUACCACCACCACCACCACCACCACCACCUGCAUCCUCAAGACGGCCGCCUGAACUCGGUGUCGUCCACGCAGAGCGAGCUGCUCCAGAAGAUGACGGGCGAGCACGGGUCCAAGACUCCCUCCGGCAGCAAGUACAAGCUCAAGAAGCAGGUGACCGAGCAGGAGAUCCAGCAGCUGCGCCUGAAGAUCAACGGCCGGGAGCGCAAGCGCAUGCACGACUUGAACCUGGCGAUGGACGGGCUCCGCGAGGUCAUGCCGUACGCGCACGGGCCGUCGGUGCGCAAGCUCUCCAAGAUCGCCACGCUUCUGCUGGCCAGAAACUACAUCCUGAUGCUGACGAGCUCGCUGGACGAGAUGAAGCGGCUGGUGGGCGAGAUCUACGGCGGCCACCACUCUGCGUUUCACUGCGGGACGGCGGGCCACGGCGGCGCGAGCGCGGCGGCGGCGGCGGCGGCGGCGGCGCACCAGGUGCACCCUCUCCUCGGGAGCGCGCUGACCUCGUCGGCCUCCGCGUCGCUUUCGAGCACGUUACCGGGACUUACCUCCAUCAGGGCGCCGCACUCUUUGAUGAAGAGCAGCCCCGCGCCUCCGCUGCAGCUCGGCGGCUCGUUCCAGCACUGGGCGGGCUUGCCGUGCCCCUGCACGAUCUGCCAGGUGCCGCCGCCUCCCCACCUGCCCAUCACCUCCACGGGACUGACGAGGCUUUCCACAGAGAGCAAGGACGCGAUGAAGUGAACAGCGCGCGCACUGGACUUUGCAUGAUCUGUCUGUCUGUCUGUCUGUCUGUGUGUUUUAGCCCUUACGAGUUCGCAACUUCGUCCUUGUAACAAGGAUCUCUUCGAUUGCUUUUGUAAGGUAACCACUUUACCGUUAUGGAGUACGUGCUGCAUAACGCUCUGUAAAUUCACUGUAAAUGAGAGUAAAUUGUUCUAUUUGAGGUGGAGUCUGUGUGUUUGAAGCUGCCCUGGGAACGCGAGCACUCGCUCCCCUCUCCAAACUUUGCCGUGGUAACCGUAGCGUCCGCCAAAAAGCGCAGAGAAAACGCGCAGAGUUUCCGGUGACGCUCGGCGGGUCGCUUUUGCGCGUUCUGUCAGCUAGGCUCAUCAGUAGACUGCCUGGUUAAUAAAUGCUAACUAUUUAUUCCGCUGGCUGCGAUGUGGUCGCUUCCACUUAUUCGAACCCUAACUCCAGGUGCACUCCGAGGAGAGUUAGACGUUAGUUACGCGUAAAAGGGCCCCGUCAGAAGGGUUCCAGUGUAAAACAGUAACGUGGGAUCUCCUAGAUUCUGACUUUAUUCAUCUCUUCUGUAGUUUCUAGGGCGCAGGCUGUCCCGGUGAGGGUCGGCAAGGCCACUUGUUGAUCACGUGAUGUGGGGGAGUCCGCGCGCACGUAUCUUUUUCGCAAAGGGUAUAAAAAGACGUGUUCCUUGUAACAAGGAUUGUGAAAUGGCAUUUCGGAUGAAAACUGUACGACUGUGGAUUUAGUUCGCACUAGAGUGGUAUUAUUAUAUCUUCUUCGAUUAUUUUAUUCAUCCACCGUCAGCCUAAGUACUAGCUGAACCUUCAGUCGUGUUAUUUCUGUGUCGUAUCUUUAUUUGAAAUCCUUCGGCAUGGCAUCUUGUUCAAACAACCUAUAAGCAUGAUCUUUUUUUCCUUGGAAAAAUUUUGUUAUUCCAGAGAGAUUGCCGUGGUCUUUAUUUUUGUACAUUCUUGUUGACAAAUGAGAUAUUUAUUAUUGCCCAGUGUUCCUGGAUGAAAUUUCAA